UCCCGAUGAACAGCCCCAAGUUAUCCAAAAUGAUAGCGCUCAUUUUGCUGGCUAUGGGGCUGAGCUUGGAAGAUGAAUACACUUCCGAAAACAAGGACUGCACAUAUUUAAGAGAGCAAUGUCUGCGUGACACAAAUGGAUGUAAAGUUGCAUGGGAAGUAAUGGAAGAUGCCUGUGAUGAUUCUGAUCCAGGUGACCCCUGUAAGAUGAAGAAUUCAUCCCACUGUGAUGAGGGUAUCCAGUUCUUUGUGGAAAGCAAUUUCCAAUUUAAAGAGUGUCUCUGCACUGGUGACCUCCACUGUACUGUGAACAAAUUGCUUGGGAAGAAAUGCAUCAAUAAAUCAGAUAACAUGAAGGAGGAUGUGUUCAAAUUGAAUCCAACUCCUCUUUCCCAUCACGGAUUCGAUGGGGCCUGGUCCUGUUUGGAAGUGGUAGAGGUGUGUGUAGAAGACGUGGUCUGUAAUGCACAGUUGGCCCCUUAUCUUAAAGCUUGCUCAGCAAAUGGAAAUCCGUGUGAUGUGAAGCGUUGCCAAGCAGCCAUACGGUUCUUCUAUCAAAAUACGCCUUUUAACAUUGCCCAGAUGUUGGCUUUUUGUGACUGCGCUCAAUCUGAUAUACCUUGUCAGCAGUCCAAAGAAGCUCUUCACAGCAAGCCAUGUGCAAUGAACAGAGUUCCACCCCCUACUUGCCUCAAUGUAAUUCACAGCUGCCGAAAUGAUGAAUUAUGCAGGAGGCGCUAUAGUACAUUUCAGUCAAAAUGCUGGCAGCGAGUGAUGAGAAAGUGCCAUGAAGAUGAGACCUGCUUUAGGACCUUAAGCAAACGGGACCUCACCUGCUCAGGAAGUGAUGACUGCAAAGCUGCUUACAUAGGCACCCUCGGGACUGUCCUUCAAGCACAGUGCACCUGUAGGAACAUUAGACAAAGUGAAGAAUCUUUGUGCAAGAUUUUCCAGCAUAUGCUUCAUAGAAAAUCAUGUUUCAACUAUCCACCCCUGACCAACAUCAAAGGCAUUGCAUUGUAUAAGAGAAAACAUGAGAGGGAAAUCACUUUGACUGGCUUUCGUUCCCCCUUCAAUGGAGAAGUAAUCUAUGCUAUCAUGUGCAUGACAGUCACCUGUGGAAUCCUUCUUUUGGUUAUGGUCAAACUGAGAACCUCCAGAAUAUCGAGUCAAACAAGAGAGCCAGCACCACUCCAAAUUCCUGGAAGACUUGUGAUUCAUUAA